GUCAGGCUCCGCCCCCUGUGGAAUGCCGUAGGCAAAUCAGGUUACAGCAGCAGUGGCGUUCCCGAGACAGAAGCUGGUGGCGGUUGUGGACGCGUCCGCAGCCUUCCAGAGUCCAACGGAUAAAGCUGGUGGAAGGAGAGCAGAUCUGGUCGGGUCCUGAGACGCUGAGUCCAAAGCAAUGUUGCUGAAAACAGUGGUCUUGGUGGUCCUGGUGGCCCAGGUGCUGGGGCUAGAUAAUGGGCUCCUUCGGAAGCCACCCAUGGGCUGGCUGGCCUGGGAACGUUUCCGCUGCAACACUAACUGUGACGAGGACCCGAAGAACUGCAUCAGCGAGCGGCUCUUCAUGGAGAUGGCUGACCACUUGGCACGGGACGGAUGGCGGGACCUGGGCUACACGUACCUUAACAUCGAUGAUUGCUGGAUUGGUGGGCGUGACGCCGAAGGCCGCCUGACAGCCGACCCCAAGCGCUUCCCCCACGGCAUUGCCUUCCUUGCGGACUACGCUCACUCCCUGGGCCUGAAGCUGGGCAUCUACGCGGACUUGGGCAACUUCACCUGUAUGGGUUACCCAGGCACCAUGCUAGACAACGUGAUUCAGGACGCUCAAACCUUUGCCGAGUGGAAGGUGGACAUGCUGAAGUUGGAUGCCUGCUAUUCGACCCCUGAGGAACGGGCCAUGGGGUACCCCAAGAUGGCAGCUGCCCUGAAUGCCACAGGCCGCCCCAUUGCCUUCUCUUGCAGUUGGCCGGCCUACGAAGGGGGCCUUCCCCCAAAGGUGAACUACAGCCUGCUGCCAGAAAUCUGCAACCUCUGGCGCAACUAUGAUGACAUCCAGGACUCCUGGAGUAGCGUGCUGUCCAUCCUGGACUGGUUUGUGAAGCACCAGGACACCCUGCAGCCGGUGGCAGGCCCUGGGCACUGGAAUGACCCAGACAUGGUACCGGCAUGGAGGGGGAGGGCCCAAGGCCUGCGGGCCACGACACACCUGCUCCCCAAUGCCCUGGGCUGUCUUCCUGGAUGCUCACUGCCAGGCUCUAGUUCAGUGUCUCUGAAACAUGUCCUUGAACCAGCUGCACUGGACUCACCCUCUGAGCUUGUUUACAUGUCUGGUCCCAGGGCCCCACCUCCACCUUUUGGACCAGGAUGUUCAAAGAGGGCUUGGGAAUGCCCGUCGUUAACAGUCUUCCCUGGCAGUUCUGAUGGGGACCCAAAGCUCAAAGGAGGGCCAGGGAGGGGAUUUCAGGGCCUGCGUGAGCGGGGAGCCCAGCCGGUAGCCACCUUCUGUCCCCAGGAGAAAGCCCACAUUGAAGUGUACGUGCGGCCCCUGGCCAACGAGGCCAGCGCCUUAGUCUUCUUCAGCCGCCGGACGGAUAUGCCUUAUCACUACCACUCGUCCCUCGCUGAUCUCAACUUUAACAGCUCCAACACCUAUGAGGCCCAGAACGUCUACACAGGUGAUGUCAUCAGUGGCCUCCACUCUAAAACCAACUUCACAGUGGUCAUCAACCCUUCAGGGGUAGUGAUGUGGUACCUGUACCCCAUCAGGCAGCUGGACAUCCCAGCAAUGAGAAGCCGAGAUGUGUGACAGGCUGUGGCGGCAUCGUUGAGCCCGGACCACGGAGCCUCCACGUGCCGAGGGCUAGCAGGCGGGGCUCUCUGACACCCAGGCCCACUCGGUGACCUGGCCCCGUCAGCCCCAAAGGGCCAUCUCCGGGCCAGGCUCCACACCCUGCCCAAGCGUGGAUCUUCAUAGAAACUCGUCUUGGGGCGAUUUCCUGUGGCCUUGCUGGUUCCUCCCUUGUCCGCAUGGCCCCACAGAUGUUACUGAGCCGCCGAGAGAGGGGCACUGAUCCCCUCCGAUCAUCUCUUCGUUGACUCUGAAAUCAGGAUUUGGAAUUUUUCUGAUGAGAAGGACUGGAGAUCUGACCUCCUGCCAGGAACUCCCACAAAUUGUGUGACUGGCCCGCCCGCCUGGAUGGGGCCUUGUGAGGCCACCGCCACCUAGGUUACCUUCGUUCCCUCAGGUUUCCAAUAAAGCUGUUCUUCAAUCGGGUA